ACCUGAGUGAGCUCAGGGAAGCACUGCACAGCUACUCAGUUACACUCCCCCACAGAGAGUCAUGGCUACGGAGAACCCUGUAGAAAGCCUUCAGGAGGAAGCUACUUGUCCUAUCUGUCUGGAGUAUUUUAAAGCCCCAGUGAUUCUAGACUGUGGGCACAAUUUCUGUCGGCUCUGUGUCACCCAGUGCUGGCAGGGAUCCAAAGCAAACUUCUCCUGCCCUCAGUGCAGAGAAAUCCUUCAACACAGAAACUUCAGGCCUAACAGGCAGCUGGCAAAUGUUGUAGAACUUGCCAAACAGCUGAGAUUACAGGUAGCAAAAGGAGCCGAAGGGGAGAGAGUGUGUGAGACACAUGGGGAAGCCCUGAAACUGUUCUGUGAGGAGGAUCAGACCCCCAUCUGCCUGGUGUGUGACAGAUCCAAGGAGCACAGAGCUCAUGCUGUGGUUCCUAUAGAGGAGGCUGCCCAGGAAUACAAGAAAAAAAUUCAGAUCCAUUUGAUGUCUCUGAAGAAAGAGAGAGAAAAACUACAGGAAAUUCAAAUGAUGGAUACACAAAGAAGCUGGGAACAUCUGAAACAGACAGAAGCUGAGAGGCAGAAGAUUAUGUCUGAGUUUGAGCAGCUGCAUCAGUUCCUGAGAGAACAAGAGCGACUCCUGCUGGCCCGACUGGCAGAGCUGGACCAGGAGAUUGUGAAACUGCAGGAUGAAAAUGUCACCAAACUCUCCAAGGAGAUUUCCCAUCUCAGUGAGCAGAUCAGUGAGCUGGAGGGGAAGUGCCGGCAGCCAGCCAGUGAGUUCCUGCAGGACAUCAGGAGCACCAUGACCAGGUCUGAGGAGGGGAAGUUCCAGCAGCUGCUGGAGGCUUCUUCUGAGCUGGAAAGGAGCCUCAGCCAUUUCUGUCAGAAAAACAUUGCUGUAAAGUUGACUAUGAACAAACUGAAAGAAGUUCUGCCAUUGGAACUGAAGACAGGAAAGGGGAAAUCCAUGGGAUCAGAUGGGAAGGUGAGUGUGACUCUGGAUGCAGAUACAGCUCAUCCCCGGCUUCUCCUGUCUGUGGAUCGGAAAAUUUUGACCUGGGACGUCAUACGGCUGAACUGCCCUGAACAUCCCCAGAGAUUUGAUUUGUCUCCUUGUGUGCUGGGCUGUGAGGGAUUCACCUCAGGGAGACAUUGCUGGGAGGUGGAGGUUGGGGAUGGGACAGCCUGGGCUGUGGGGGUGGCCACAGAGUCUGUGAAGAGAAAGGAGGAGCUCAGUGCUGCCCCUGAGCGGGGGAUCUGGGCUGUGCAGAGAUGGGGGUUCCAGUUCCGGGCUCUUACCUCACCUCCAACCCCCCUGUCUCUGAGCUGCGUCCCCAGCAGGAUCCAGGUGUCUCUGGACUGUGAACAGGGGCAGGUGGCAUUUUUCAAUGCUGAUAGCGAGGACCCGAUCUUCACUUUCCCAUCAACCUCAUUCAUGGGGGAGAGACUCCGCCCUUUCUUCUGGGUCUGGGGUAUAGGUUCACAGCUCACUCUCUAUUCCUGAGGCACCCGGUGGCACGUGGCUCCCAGUCUCAUGAAAUGAGCUGCUCCAGCCUCUGAUAUCCUAGUCUCUUUGGCCCCACGUUCCUGCAGAGACGUUUAAAUGCAAAGUGAACGGACCAGAGAAGCUGCUGUCUCUGCCCCAUUGUGUGUCUCAUACUUGUCUCUGUCUCUCUCCCUCUGAGGGACCAUGACAGCCCUGCAAGGACUGGAAAAUGGGGGUUCACAGCUUGCCUGUCUCUGAAGGGGGCAGGGGAGUUUCCAGGAGCCCCAAGACUUGUAUGACUCUGUGGUCCCACAAAAGAGAACAUGCAUGUCAUGUGAAGGGAACCUGGUCAUGGCUGUAAUGCAUUCCUCAAAUUGACCUGCAGAGAGCUGUCUGGCUCCUCCCCCUUGUUUUCAGCUCCUGUGUUGCAUUCAAAUAGCCUUAGGAUUCCUUCCCCAGGUGAGCGAUUGCUGUGGUUGUCCCAGGGAUGUUGAGAAGAGGGGAGGUGGGCCCUGCAGAUAGAUGAUUGUCUGUGAGUCACUAUAUCUACUGGGGUGGGUGUACACUGUGUUUAGCCUCACAACACUUCUGUGAGGUGGGGAAUUGCUGUUACCCCAUUUCAGAGAGAGGAACGUCUAGCACAGAGCACAUAAAUGACUUGCCUGAAGUCAUCUAGGAAGGCUGUCACAGAGCAGGGAAUUGAACCUGGGUCUUCCAAAUGAACAGCUAAACCACCAGACUAGCUGCCUUCUCUGCAUUAGGAGCCUGGGAAAGGAGGAUAAAGAUAAAGCUUUACGCAGGGAAAAUACAUCAGUAAAGUUUGUCUAAUGAUUCUCUCACUGACCCUCCCCACAAUCAGUGGGCCAGCCCUGUGCAGAGUCAGGUGAUGACAGUGGACAGGAACUGAGUAUGUGGUGGGAAUGAAAAUAGAUUAUUUUUUCAGGCCUGCUCUGAAAUUCUCAGGCUGCCUCUGAAUGCUCAGCUCAGCUCUGUGCUCAGCUUUCAGGCCCCACUGCCUUCCCCUCUCCUGGUCUGUUUGUGUUCCCUAGAUAAACUUCUCCACCUGGGCCCUGCUGUUUCUAAACAGAUUCCUUUGGAGGAAGAGAUGAGAAACAGAGACACACACAUCUCUCCAUCACUCACAAGUUCUACAACUCCCUGCUGCUUCUCUGGUGGGGAUCUAGGUGCUGUAAAUACACAUCAUGAGAGACAGCUCCUAAAGGAAAGAGCUUACAGUCUAAAUAUUAAAAGUAAUAACAGUAAUAAUGAUGAUGAUUUUGAAGAUGUCAGGAGCAACUCCAUGUCUAAGGCCUUCCACUUAAAGCAGCUACUCAACUUCCAUUCAGUGAGAAAAGUGCAGAUUUUCUCCCCCAGAAUUACAGAACACAUCACCUGAGAACUUACAAAUAAAUCUGUUAAUGCCUUUAGGAAUUAACAUUAAAAAUGGGUCUGUUCAGAUAUUUAGCACUGACUGUCAGACCUUGCCAUGUAGCGAUACCAUUCCUAGCUCCAUACAAUCAUAAUUAAUUACAUAAGUUUUACCAGCAUCUGUGCUCGUGUGCAUAGCGCUAUGUCAGUGGGAGAUGCUGUCCCACCAACAUAGCUACUGCUGCUCAGUGAGCUGGUUUUAUUAUGUUGACGGAUGAGUUCUCUCCCAUUGGCAUAACAUGGCUACAUGAGCACUCUUAUGGUACAGCUGUAUAGGUGCAGCUGUGCUGCUGUAAGCAUCUGUGAUGAGUAAUGAAGGCUAGGGGAGGCUAAGCCUCCCCAAACUUUGAGCUGCCAGGGCAGGGGGCAGGUAGUGUCAGAUUAUCCCAGGGGCCCUGGCCAAUUUGGGCCCCUGAAAAAAUCUCCCCCCACCAAGGCCCCAGGGCUGGAGGAGCUCUCGCUCCCUGCCACAGUCCCCAGUCAAGGCACAGAACUUUUGUGGUCUCAAGGGCGCAGUGGAGAGGGGCGGUGGGAGUGAAGGAGAGAGCGAGGAGCAGAGAAUCGGGAAGAGGUGGGCUGGAGCUGGAACAGGGGCAGGGGAAGGGGUGGAAUGGGGUGCGGGUAUGGAUAGAAGGGGUGCGCCCUUGGCCGGAAGAGGUGAGAUGAGGCUAUCCUCCCCAAGGGAGAAGUUCCCCCCCACCCAUGUUUAUAAGUGUAGACAUGGGAGUUUUUCAAAAGCAUCUUUUCAAAAAUGACUUAGGGCUGGAUUUUCAAAGGUAUUGGGUACCUGAAGAUGCAGCUAGGGGCUUAGUGGGGUUGUCAAAGCAGGCUGCAGGGCUAAAAAUAAUAAUUUAGACAUUCCGGCUUGGGCUGGAGCCUGAGAUCUGAGACUGUCCUCUCACAUCAGGUUUCAGAGCCCGGGCUCCAGCCCAAACCUGAACUACGAUAUUGUUAUUUUAGCCCCAAAGCUGAGCCCCAUGAGCCCGUCAGUUGACUUGAGCACUAAGACUUGCUGAUACGGGUCUUCAUUUGCAGAGUAGGUGUAUCCUGAGUCUUCUUAGACUCUGACGGCCUGGGAGGGGGCAAACCUGUCCCUUAACACGGGAGAUUUACCCAUCUCUGUGGAAUUGAACAGUACCCUCUGGCUUGUACAGAGGAGUAGUGUGGUUAGAUUUGUAAAUGACUAAUCACCUCCAAAACAAACACUUCCCUCUCCUUUGCAUCACCAUGGCUGCCCUGUCUUAUUUAGUCAGGGCAAGCUACCCUGACUCCCUCAGACAAAGGGUGUGUGGGUUUAGUUACAUUUUCUCUGUCUAUAUCACAAAUUGUUCCUUUUCCUUCUCUGUUUGUGGUGUUGGAACCUUUAAAACCGAAAUACAUUUUCUGGGUGUUUUCUGGAGCAAUCCAGACUGGGCAGAGCAGACAUGCCAACUCUCAUGAAUUGAUCACGAGAGUCAUGAUUUCUGAGUAUAAUUAACCCUUACUUAGGAUCUCUUGGUUGAACUCUUCAAGGGCAGGAUUUUUUUUUUUUUACACCUGGGGCACAUUCUUAAAAUGGGUUCCAGUCAAACAGGACUGACCCAUCCUAAACAAAGGAAUAUGCUUUCUCCAUAAUUCUACAGCAUGUUGAAAGAUACUCUGAGAAAUCACUUACAUAGCAGGUAUACAGAGCUAGCCGUCAGCUCUCCUGAGCUGGUUUGUGAAAGCAACUGAGUAACUGGAUAGUUACAGGUUUCAGAGUAGCAGCCAUGUUACAGUAAUUCCAGUCAAUUAGUGUGAGAGGGGAGGAAUCCUUAAAGAACCACCCACGGUUCUACUGAGCUGCAAGGGUUAGCAGCAGGAGACUCACAUUUUCAAGUGCCUCCAUUUGGCUGAAGAUAACAGCAGUGUUGAGGAAUCUGUUCUUUUUGGUUCAGUGGCAGUUCAGAACAAAAAUCAGUUCGGGAUCCAACUAGUCAGUCUUUUCUGGAAUUUUCAGUGAAUCAAAAAAUUCCAUGUUGGGACUAUUCCUGAGAUACAAGCUUGAGUGCCUCACACACCAUGAGUGCCAUAGCCACUGGGCAAAAUGGGGAUGGGGUGGAGGUAGUAUGAAUUCCUUUUGUGCAUGAGCAGAACUAUUUGUGUGAAAUCUGCAAAUAAUUUCAUGUCAACUGAAAUGGCAUAUUUUUCAAAAAUUUUUUUUGCUAUGCUGUAAUCCCAAGUAGGUGGCGAAUAGCACUGCACUAUUGUUCCCAAGUCAGUGAUGAUUACUAGAAGUGUCAGUCUUUCCAUACCUUUAGGAAUUGGACCAGGAUUUAAAUAUGAAACACAUAGAAAACAAAUUCAUGAUAUUUACAUAGUUGUAUACACCACAAGCUCACAGUGCUGUCCAGGAAAUAACUUUUCAUAGAGAGAGCCAAUUUUUCAGACUAUUGACACCCGUGUUUUCUUUUCCUGGUGGUAUUAACAUCAUAGAGUACGCGAAGUGUUUUUCAUUGUUUUAUUUUGUUUUGAAAUUAACAUAAUCAUGCACUCACAGGAAGCCAGGCUGGUGAGUCAAGCGGACUCAGUGGUACCCAGUUCCAUGUGGCACCCGGAGUGGUAGAGGGGACGGGGGAAGAACCUGUAACAGUGGCCAUAUAAAAAAAUGACAUCUAAGCUCUGUGUUCUGCAGUCCUAUCACACAGAGAUAGGGAAGGGCAGUGUGUUGUUGCUCAGUAGAUCAGUCCACCUGGAUAGAGUGGUGGUGCUGCUGAUCUCCAUGUGGUGACGAUCCUUUUUCUGUUGUUUUUGUUUUGUUUUGA